AUGCUGUAUUUCCGUAAGGCAUCCAUCUAUAUAGCUCUUCAAGUAAUGUUCUUUUCUGACAUACUUACAUUUUUUUCGAAUUUAAGUGAAACGCUUCCCAGUAUUUCUCUUUUGAAAUCCCUUUUUAGCGUUGGUGAGGAAUCGAAGGACCAGGUGAAAUUUUUCAAGAAGGCUUUUCUAACGGUCAUAGUUUACGAAAUCUUUCCAACAUAUAUCACGCCGGCUCUCCAAGCCGUCAAUGUUUUCUGCUUGACUCUACCGAAAGAUCCGAUUGUGACCUCAAUUUUUGGAGGAGCUCAACCAUUUCAAGGCAUGGGAAUCUUCAGCGUUUCUGGAGAUUGGUCUAUGGUGGGGGGGAGUGGUUACAAUCAACACUUCCCGUUCCUGUCUGUCGGUUUAUUCACUUCAGAAGGUAAACCAUACCCGUAUCGAGAAGCUGUCAAUCAGGAUGGCACAGCCAACGAAGAAUACCUAGAAAAAUCGGGACUUCCAUUUUUCACCGGAACGUAUUACAUAGUUCAGAUUCUCCUGACAACAUCCUUAACAAGUUCCAUUGCGCAUGCCGUGUUGUACAACUACCGCAUAUUUGGUGCAAUGUUUAAGAAAUCGAAGAGAUCAGCAGACAUCGAUCCGCAUCGUUUAGUCUGCCAGAAAUACAAGGAUUUCCCACUAUGGGGUUUCAUCUUGCUUGCACUUGGUGCCAUUGGCUUAGCCUUCGGGAUGUCAGCUAUCAGCAACUCUGGACUUUCUGCCCCUGCCUUGAUCGUCGCUCUGAUAGUAUCUUUCAUUCUAACGCUUGGAACAGGGUUUAUAUUUGCCCUCACCGGAUUCGUAGUACGGUUAUCCCCUGGAAUUCAGAUGCUUGGCGGUCUUCUAUUCCCGGGAAAUGUGUUUGCUAGCAUGUGGUUCACAGUCUACGGAGGGACAAGUGCUUACCAAGGAUUGAACAUACUCAAAAACAUGAAAUACGGACAGUAUAUACAUUUGCCACCAAGGCUCGUGGUUUAUUCACAAUUGAUUGGCUGCACAGUUGGAAGCUUGACUACUCUUCUAGUCGCCAGGGCCAUCGUUUCACAUGAACGCGAGGUCUUGCUUUCACCCCAUGGUAACGGUAUCUUCUCAGGUGCAGAAAUUGCAGCGUUCCAGGCUCGAGCAGUCAGCUGGGGACUUUUCUCUCGACAUUUGUUUCUUUCUGGUCAACGAUAUUCCGCGGUCAGCUGGGGAAUGUUGAUCGGAUUUGCCCUUCCAGUUCCAUUUUUUGUUGCCCACAAAAUUUGGCCGCGUCUCAAAUUUAAUCAAGUCAUCGUGCCUCUAUUCCUCGGAAUUAUUCCGGGUUUGUAUAAUAUGGCCUACGCAGGAGAACUUGCGCGUAUGGUUAUCGGUCUAACAUCACAGUUAUGGGCCCGCAGGUAUCGAGCUCAAUGGUUCAAUAAAUACAACUAUAUCUUGUCUGCCGCUCUCGAUGGCGGAACAGAGGUGGCGGUAUUUGUCUUGGCGAUGGCUUUUCAAGGCGGCGGUGGUCGCCAAAUCAAAUUUCCUACGUAUUUCCUCAACCCUCCCUCAUCUACUCCCCGGGAUUAUUGCUGGGUGGAUCCUAACUCUCGUGCAGGCUAAUUUUUUUUUAAUAUCAAGAUGACAUUCGCGUAAUAUCGUGCCCUGAAUUCAGGCACGCUGACAACAAACUACUAGUAGAUUUUUUUUAUUUCCUAUGAUGUUCGCAUGUAAUUUCUCCCGCAUGUAAAAUAAUCUUGCUCUUGUAAUACGAAUCAGUCCAUGAGUGGUUGUUAUAUAAAUGCACAACUGGUUUCUUCUAUGAAAGAAUGAUACAAAGAAAGGAUUUUUACAAUGAAGGUAUAGGCAGUUGUGUUUCAGUUUGACUCGAGCU